AUGGGAAAUAUCAACAUCACAAUCAGUAGAGUAUUUUUGCCUACUGUGGAGAACAACAAAAAUCAGCCAAAUUUAGUGCUCCCUGACCCUUCACAAUCUGAUAUUAAAGCAGCAAGUGCCCAAGCUGGAACCCUUAACAAAAUUCAGCUGUACAAAUGUAUCAAGUCACGGUCAAUGAACCCAAAAACCAGAUUUCUACCAGCAGCUCUCUUCUGCAACACAAGCAGCAAGACAAAAAAGGAAUGGUUAAAACCACAUCUUGCCAAAAACUAA